UUGAGCAGAAGCGCUCAGUGAGUGUAGUUACAGAAGGCAACAUCAGUGCGGGAGCGCGUUUUGGGACGCCAGUGCACCAAAGUCGCCGAGCUGGAUGGGUGCGCCUGACUUUACACGCACAAUUUUUGACAAAACCUCACGUGUUCAGACUUUCACAUCCGAACUCCCUGAACACAUUGAUUCAUUCGAGGAUUUUAUCUGCGCCGUGUCUUUUGGAAAGUGGACAUGAAUUCUACAUUCAACCAAACUGACGGUGGAAUCUUCUCCAACCGGACUGAGGAGAUCCUGUUGUGCUGUAACUUCUCAUCGGUGGUGACGGAUAACGGCUUUAUGGCGGCCGCUCCGGACGAGAGAAGUCUCUUCGUCAUGAGAAUAGUUCAGAUCGCGGUGAUGUGCGUCCUCUCCCUCACCGUAGUCUUCGGGAUCUUUUUCCUGGGCUGUAACUUGCUUAUCAAGUCGGAGGGAAUGAUUAACUUUUUGGUAAUGGACCGGAGACCCUCCAAAGAGGUAGAGGCGGUCAUCGUGGGCGCGUACUAAAAAUGAUGAGGAUUAUCUACUGCCAGAAAAGAAGUGUGACCUGUCAAGUUUAUGCACCACCUGAUGGACACAGUGUUAUUUGUCUUGGUCUGAACUUCUAUGGAAAUAAACUGAACGCACUGUCUCCUUAUUGCGCACACGCCUUUUCACCUUCUUCAUUUAUGGAUGAACCACCCAAAUCUCCUAUGAACAUACAUGCAUGAAGUCUUACAUUUGUCAUUGAAAAUAUUUAUGAGCAAACUCAGAUGAGAUUGUUUUGUAAUGGUUAUGGAUCUCUCAUCUGUAAAACACAACGUGAGCACUGCACAGACUAGUUAUUUGUUGUUUGGUACGAUUAAGCUGUCAUGUUUAAUACAAUAAAUUCAU